AUGGGUGUCUCAGUAAAUUAUAUGCUGCUCGUCGCUAUUGCGAUACUGGUGUUACUGCCUGCAGGAGCCGACGCUUUUGGCGCGGGAAACAUUGCGUCUAUCUCGAAAAUUGAAGGCCAAAACUGGCGCCAUGGCGAUAUCGAAGAUAUGCUUGCGACGGUCGCUUGCUUGAAGGGACACAAGUGGAAGAGUAGUAUGAUCAAGCGUGUGUACUUUGGCAACUGGCUGCGCGACUACUCACAAGGAGAGACUAUUCGCGUCCUAGUCUGGGUCCUGUCUUUCAUGUCAUUCGGCUACGCGACUGGAGAAUUUGAAGUCACCGCGGAACGAUUGGGCUGCUAUAGGCCCGAGGAACAUAUCGACAAUGAAGAUGCGCGCAAGUAUGAUCCUCGACUUCGUGGUCCAGUGUCGGAAGCUGAGCUCGCUGUCGAUCCUGAAACUGGCAUGAAGAAUUACAUUGCCAAUGAGCGCGGUGGCUGGGCUACUUCAACAGGAUAUGUCAAGUACUCGUUUGCACGAGCCAUCCACUUUGGCCGAUUGUACACACAUGGCCCAUCAGGUCAACGCGGACGAGACGAGGAUCUUUCAGAAGCACUGCGCUGCCUCGGUCAAGGAUUACACUGUCUUGAAGACUUUGGCGCUCACACCAACUACACCGAGCUUGUACUCCGCGAACUCGGAUACACCAACGUAUUCCCGCACACUGGCAUAAACACUGGCAUCAAUCUCCAUGGAAAGCACACCUACCCGCUUGUGACUGGCACCUUCGGAGGUGUUGACUUCUUUCACUCUGUUCUGGGAGAGGCCAACGACCAUAUUACCCAAACUGAGAUUGACGAGGUCAACACUGCUCUUGUCGAUGCGGUGGCUGGUGGUAAUAAGCGAGGUGGCCCAGACGGUCAGUCGGAUGCCUGCAGUGGUCUCAUAGAUGCUUUGAGCAAAGUCCCAGGAACCGGCGAUUUGAUUAGGCAAGCUCAGAGUCUGCAGGCCUCGUCGGAUGCACAAGCUGCAGAGAAUGCCCGCUCGGGCUACGGUGACUACAGUUCUUCCAGAGCUGGACCCGAGUCAUUUGACGCACCACCAGGAUCCGUUGGCGGACCACCUGGACCAGACAUACCCGGCACAAACACCGAUCCCGCAACAAUUAUCCCCAAGAUAUAUCCCAUUCUUGUCUUCAGGGACAACGUCGUGCGCAGUAUCUCAGCCAUCAUCUCCAAGAUCCCUGGUCUCGAGAAGCUAAUUGAGACCAUCACGGAGAAGGUCACUCUAUUUGUGCUAUCAUUGCUCGCACCGUUCAUUCUACCAAUCAUCAAGACUGCGUCAGCCCAGCUCAAGAGCGGUUCGUCAGCCGUCAUUGACUCAGCCGCCAAGCACCAAUAUGAAGUCUGGACCGACCCCAACUCCACUAACCCAACACACAGCAUGUUGUCCAAGGACCACUUUGCAAACAUCCUGAACCAACCUGCUGGUCAAGUUGCCGUAGCGAUCCUACAAUACGUUGCGCCCCGCGUAAUCUAUGCUUGGGACCACCCAGACGUUUCAGUCGAUCAAGUCCUGGAUGAUUGCAUGCGCGUCUUCCAUCACCCUGCUACCCGAGACCCGAACUGUGAGGUGCAUAACAACAUGUUCGAGGUUGUGAAGCGGUGGGCACACAACUACCAUGGCAAAGACCUCAACGACCUCCUCUCUUCUGAGUCCGUCAAAUCAGGCCGCAACCAGAGUGGUGCUCACGAUCAUUCAACAGGCCACGGCCACGGGGCCGCUGGUGUAUCCGCUUUUGGAGGUGGUCACAGUCACGGUGGUAGCAGCGGACAUGCACAUUCUAACAGUGGAGGUGGAUCAAACGACUUCCUGGGUUCUCUGGCUAGCAAGAUUCCUGGUCCCCUCGGCGGCGCCUUUAGCAGCUUCGUUGGUGGAGGCAGAACUCGUGAAAUGGACGAGGGUCAGCAUGCUUCUUCGUCAACUACACCAUACCAGUCGCCCGGACACCAGCCCUCCCAGUGGGGUAGCUUCCAGCCUUAUCAGUCUUCUCACCAAGGCGAAGCGUAUCAGCCGCCCGCAGAGUACAGUUCUGCUGUACCGUCUGGUGGCUAUGGAUGGGGCCAGGGCCAGUACUCUGGUGGCCAGGGAGCGGAGCCGAGUUAUACAAUCCCUACAAAUUAUCAGCAAGGUUAUGAAAACUAUCCUGCCCCAGGUGGUUAUCAGCAACAACCAGCACACCAAAAUCAGCACCAGCAGCCUCCUCCAGGAAGUUAUGGCGCUUAUGAUCAAGGUCAGGGUGGUGCGUAUAAUACUUACGAUCAGGGCUCGUCGCAUCAGCCAGGUGGCGGAAGGCAGUGGGGCGGAGGUCCCAACUCAGCGUGGUAG